AUGUCGGGCGGCAUCUUCGGCUCAGGAGGCACGGCCUCAUCGGCAGCAGCAAACCCAACUCAAGGCGAUGUCAGUAAAGAUGUGCAGGUUGGCAACCCACCAGAAGACAGCAUAUCCGAUCUCAAGUUCGGCCCCCAGCCAAGUGGAAACAACGACUUCCUAUCAGUCGCGUCAUGGGACAAGAAAGUGCGGAUAUAUCAGGUGGAUAAGCAAGGCAACACCAACCCUUUUGCGAUGAUCGAACACGAGGGACCAGUACUGAACACAUGUUGGAGUCCGGACGGCACAAAGGUCUUCAGCGCCGGUACGGACAAGCUGGUCAAGGUUCUCGACCUUGGAGCAGGCCAUACCCAGCCCAAUCAAGCAGUUACCGUAGCAGGACAUGACCAACCCGUUCGCUGCGUUGAGACCUUCAAUCACAACGGCACCCCUAUGCUCGUUACGGGAAGCUGGGACAAGACAAUCAAAUAUUGGGACACCCGUCAACCUGGUCAGCAAGCUGCAGUAACCGUCGAUGCGAAAGAGCGCGUUUACACCAUGGAUGUUCGGAAUGACAGCAUGCUUGUGGUUGGAACUGCCGAGCGCUGGAUCCACGUUGUCGACCUCAAGAACCCCACUGCAUUCUUCAAAUCCCUCCAAAGUCCUCUGAAGUGGCAAACACGGGUGGUCAGCACUUUCACAGAUGGCACGGGCUUUGCUAUUGGCAGUAUCGAAGGGCGAUGCGCCAUCCAGUACGUUGAAGACAAGGACUCCUCAAACAACUUCUCUUUCAAGUGCCAUCGCCAGACACCGCCCAAUGAUAGGAACACUAGCCAGGUCUACGCCGUGAACGCCAUCUCUUUCCACCCAGUACAUGGCACAUUUUCGACUGCCGGGAGCGAUGGCACUUUCCACUUCUGGGAUAAGGACGCCAAGCACAGACUGAAAGGAUAUCCAGAAGUUGGCGGAACGAUCAGCGCGACCGAUUUCAACCGGACAGGUGAGAUCUUCGCAUACGCAGUCUCCUACGACUGGUCGAAAGGAUACGCACACAACAAUCCCAACUUACCGAACAAAAUCAUGCUUCAUCCGAUUGGUCCGGACGAGUGUAAGCCACGCCCGAAGACUACCAAGCGGUAG